AUGACACAUUCCCUCUCUCCUCUCUUACCGGCUGCUCACGCCGGCAGCCUCUCCUCUCCAUCACAGCGGCCUCGGCCGCAGAAUCCUCCCAUCAUCCUUGAAGUUCCACCAGCUAAUCGGAGGAAAGUUGUGGUGGGACUAUGCAGUGCACUAUGGAGUUGGAACGCUCUGAAUGGUAAAGAGGCGAUGGCGGCAGCAAGACGGCCUCCUCCGCCACCAACUGGGGAGAAGAAAGACCCGACCGUGACCGGACUUCUGGCGAAAGUUCUGGCGAGCAAGAAGCGUAAAGAAGCAAUGAAGGCUUCUAUGGCUAAAUUAAGAGAGAAAGGCAAACCUGUUGUUGACGAAGAACCAUCUUCUUCAUCUUCUUCUGCUGAUUCUUCUUCUGAUCAAUAG